AUGAUAAAAACUUUUAGUCUAACUUUCAAUUCUAUAGAAAUGGAAGAUGCUUAUAAAGAAUGGUAUUUCUAAAAGAAUUAGAAAAGAUAUUAACUAUUACUCUGUUUUAUUAUUGUUUAUUUGGCAGUAAUGAUUACUUAGUUUAACAGUACAAGAACUUUAUUACCUCUGAUAAUAUCAUGUAUAAUACUAAGUUUAGAAAUUACACUUUUAUUCUUCCUUAGGAAAUACAAUGAAAGAGUGGAAAUUAUUAUUACUUUCAACUAAAUAUUUUUGUGUUUAAUUUGUGAAUUCUAUAGAUUAUUUGGUGAUUAAGCCAAUCAAUGGCACAUAGGUUAUAGUUUGGCAUGUAUAAAAUUAUGUAAUUUUAAAUUUUAAAUUAGUAAUUUAUGUUAGAGGUAAUAAAUUUAUUAUGUAAACUGGUCUUUAGAUCCUUUGUUAAUGUUGUUCAUUUAUUUAAAUGAAUAAUGUUCAAAUUUAUGAUAUUAUCACACAUAAUUUAAUAACUCUACUAAUGAUUGCCAUAAGAUAUUCUAUAGAAUCUGGAAGUAGGUAAUAUUUCAUAGCUCAUCAAUCAUAAAUUUAAUAUGAAAAUAUAAUUUAAGAUUUACUUCCAUCUUGGGUUGUUAUUGUGAAAUUUGAUAAAACUUAAGGAUAAUUAAGUCUAGAUAAAAUAAAUAACAAUAUGAAAGUUAAAUUAGACAUUCAAGAUGAUAAAUGUUUUCGAGAUUUUUUAAGAAAAAUGAAAGCAAUACCAUAUGAAUCAGAUAGAUCAAGUUUUCAAUCUAUAAAGUUAGAGCAUAGACUUAUUAGAUUAUUACAAUAGUAAAAUGAUGAACAUGCAGUCGAGAGAUACUAUGCUGAAAUAGAUAAAAAUGAUAGCAAAAUAAAAUAAUUAAAAUUCAAGAUAACCCAAGUUUAUUUUAAAACUUUUGAUCCUUCUGUAAUUUUAUUAUUUGAAGAAUUAAAAGAAGAUAAAUUUGAAUCCUUAAUUUAAUAAAUAGAAUAAAGAGACUAAUCUUCAUCAACUUAUGCCAGAAUAUCACUUUAGAUUUUAACUUAGUAAAUUUAAUUAUUAAAGUUUAUCAAAAUAUACUUUUCGAAAGUAAAAAUACAUUAAUAUCCAACUAAUUUGUUAAACUGUAUUAAUAAUCAGAUUCAAAAGGGAUAUAAUAUAUUCAAUCUAAACUUUGAUAUAUUAAAUUAAUUUAAAAUUUCGCAUAGGUAAAUUAAAUUCGAAGCAACUGAAAUUUAACCAUUAUUGCUUGUUGAAUAAUUAUGUGAAGAUUUGCUACUGACAAAAGCAUAAAUUAAUCCUAAAAAGAGAUAAAUAUAAAUUUCUGAUAUAAUUAAAACUGAUAGAGCAAAGUUAAUUUCAAUAAUUAUCAAUUUAGUUGACUAUAUUAAAAUAUUAAUGUCGAUAAUCUAUGGAGAUGAAAAAAUCUUAAGUUAAAGUGCUCCAUAUGGAUUUUAGAUAUAAAUAUCUUUAAAAUUUUCUAAGAAUCAUCCAAAUUGCAUAAAAUUUGGAUUGUUUCAUCCUAAAUUGCUCAUCCCAACUUCUGUUUAGGAAUUAUUUUAUAAUAUUGAAACAGCAAUUCAUCAUAAAAAAAGAAAUUGGAAUUCGAAAAACUAUUUUGGAAUGAUAAAUCAAUUAACUCAUGCAUAUUCAUAAAUUUUCGAAGUUUAUAGGAAAGAAAAUUACAAAUCUACAAGUUUAUUGGAUGAUGAUUUAUUUCCACAUAUUUAAAAAUAAAGCAUUUGUUAAAGUUAAGAAUCAAGAAUACCCACUGUGUAAAAUCAUAUACCAUAAUAAUUUUAAUUUAAUAUAUUAGGAUAUCCUAUGGCUUAAUAUUUAAUAAGUUAAUUGGGACCAUGUAAUAAAUUACAAUUUAAGAAUAGAUUUAUAAAUUACACAGGAGUGACUAAUUUCUAUAUGAAUUCUUAAUAAACUAAACUAUCUUUUCUAAUUUAUUAAGAUUUAGAUGAAUUUAUAUAAGAAUUAAAUCAAUAAGAGAAACCUAUUUUUGAAUUAUGCUAAAAAAAAAAGAUUUUUAAUCAUGAUACAGCUGUUGUAUGAUUUUAUAUAAGUUCUUAGAAAUAUUAUCCUUGUUCUCAAUUUGGAUCCAUUUAAGGAAGAUUUUGA